AAUAAAUUAAUAUAUGUAUUGUAAUGUCAAUAUAUUCCACCUUCUGCAAAAAUAUCUCACCUAAAAGGAAAACUAAUAGUGUUACCUUCCGCAAGAAUUAUUUGGUAUUUAAGUGGAUAUGAACAUUUGUUAUCUUAGAUCUGAGUAACCAGCAGGCCUUUGGAGAAUUUCUGGGUUAUCUACUCCUCAUUUCAGACCUAAAGCAUCCCCCUCCCUGUCGCCCAUUCCUUCAGGGUGGGGUACACUGAUAGCUUAAAUAGACUGGUGUGGAGCUGCACGAGCAUUGAGCUUUUCCCUUCAAGCUUGAGCUUAAACAAGAGUCAUCAUGGUUGAGUGGACUGACCAGGAGCGCAGCAUCAUCAACAGCAUCUUUGCCAGCUUGGACUAUGAUGACAUCGGGCCCAAGGCUCUGUGCAGGUGUCUGAUCGUUUACCCCUGGACUCAGAGGUAUUUCGGUGGCUUUGGUAACCUCUACAACGCCGAGGCCAUCAAGUCCAACCCCAACAUCGCACAGCAUGGCACCAUUGUGCUGCACGGUCUGGACCGGGCCCUGAAGAACAUGGACAACAUUAAGAACACCUAUGCCGAGCUGAGCGUGCUGCACUCCGAGAAGCUGCACGUGGACCCCGACAACUUCAAGCUCCUGGCUGACUGCCUGACCAUCUGCAUCGCCGCAAAAAUGGGUAAAGACUUCACAGCUGAAACGCAGGCUGCCUUUCAGAAGUUCCUGUCCGUUGUGGUGUCCGCUCUUGGAAGACAGUACCACUAAAUCUUCAACAGAGUGACUUCAAAAGGAGACCUGCGGUCUUCUUUCACCUCAAAACAAAGAAAUAAAGCCACAGUGAAGCAAA